AUGAUCUGGGCAGGAUUCCCACAGCAGCCUGCAGGCCAGAAAGCCCAAAUUUUGGCUUCUCACGUCGGAACCUGCAGCUGUCAAUACAGGGUCCAAAUCUCACGGACCGAUGACAGCAAUGCAGUCGAUCUGACGGCAGAGAACGGGCGGGCUGACUCAAAAGCUCGUUGUAAAGAAUUCGGGGACUUCGGAACUUUAGGACGGCUAGUUUCACUUGAAACUCUUUACUUGAAAACUGAGGUUUUAUUUGUAAGACUUUUUACGUUGUAUGUAUUUGUGGAUUGCAAACAAAACGAGAGACAAGAGACUUUUGUUCAUGAUUGUCAACAGAAGAAGUUUAUCGUGAAGUAA